UGCUGUCAUGGCACCUCUGCCUUCAGCACUGCCAACGGAUUUGCGGUACUAACGUAAAGUUGUAGAGUCGACGGUGUUGAGAAGAUAUCUAAACUUGCUAAGCAGUGAUUCCCAGUCUAGUCGUUAAAUGCCUUAAUUUGAAAUAGAUUUUCGAAAUAAUUUUUUUUACAAGUUUUACAAAAGUUUUGUGUGAUUUAUUAUUUCACUUAUACAAAUACGUUUUGAGUGCUAGAGUUAGUUUUUAUCAAUUACAACAAUAAAACAAGUGUUUAGAAGCUUUGACAAAAAUACAUCCGGCUAGCGAAAGCUGGCGCCCCGCGAUGCCUGCAUGGAGCCUAGGCCUCCACCCUCUUCGCCCUCUGACACUGACACCGACUCCGGAGAUGAAACCGUGCCCGCUGACCCAGAGACGUGGGUGCGACGCGACGUGGUGCGUUGCGUUCGUUGGGCCGCACGUACAUUCCGCGUGCACGCACCGCGCCGCCAUCUUUUGCCUACGUCAGGUGCUGCUUUGCUGCAACUUACUGAGGAACAUUGGCUCCAGGUGUGCGAGGGCAAGACGGAAGCGGCGCGCAUCUUCCACACUUAUGUGCAGCACGUGCAUGCGGAGGCAAAGGGCCGGCCACCACCAGAGCCGUUGCCAGAACACCAGGCCUCGACCUCCGCUGCAACACACACAAAUCCAUACGCGGCGCUAGGCGGGCGAGCUAGCGGCGGACAAGUGCAACUUUGGCAGUUCUUACUCGAAGAAUUAGCGGCGGGCUCACCUGGUAUUUGCUGGGAGGGUGCCCCGGGUGAGGGAGAGUUUCGUCUUUCGGACCCCGAAGAAGUGGCCCGACGGUGGGGACGCCGCAAACAGAAACCCAAUAUGAACUAUGACAAGUUAUCACGCGCUCUACGCUACUAUUACGACAAGAACAUCAUGGGGAAGGUCCCCGGAAAGCGAUAUGCGUACAAGUUUUGCUGGGCGGGCUUAGCUGCAGCCUGCCAGUCCCAGACAGAUGCUCCCUAUUGGCCCUACCUUCCUCCUCAUCCACAUCACUCUACAAACUGACAACAUUUGCCGAAUUAAACAUUGUUAAGCUCAAUGCUCGCAUUGUUUCUAUUUUAACUGGAAACUACGCACUUCCUGAGAUCCAACAGCACUAACCAGUCGUUAUGAAUGCAAUAAUUAUUGUUUAAUAGAUAUUUUAAUAAUGAUACACUUGCAGUAUUGUUAAUUUCGGUAGGUAUCUACUGGAUUUAUUACCUAUUUGUUAAUAAACAAAUAAUUUUCAUCUUGUUAAGCUUUUGUUUUGUUUUUAUUAUUAUAUUUUUAUAGAAUAAUGUUACUGACGAUUAUCGUUGAAGU